AUGGGCACGGCCAUUCCCGGCGUGGCAGCGCUGGCGGUGAACAAUAGCGACUCGGGAUCAGGAUCGGGGUCGGGGUCGGGGUCGGGGUCGGGGUCCUCAAAUGAUAGCACGAAUUCGUCCACCUGCGACGACCAGCGGCUGAAGGAGAAGGCGUUGGAUAACCAUGACGUGGCGAUUGGGGUCGGGGUCGGCGUGCCGUUGGGGCUGAUUGCGGUGGCGUCGGUUGCGUGGGCGUUGUAUGAGCGCAGGCUGAGACAUAGGGCUGCUGGGGUGGUUGCGGAGAAGGGGAAUAUGGGUAUGGGUAUGGGUAUGGGUAUGGGUGUGGGAAUGGGUAUGGGGGUGAACGGGAAUAUGAAUAUGGGGGUCGCCCCGCCGGUGGAGUUGGGGAGUGAGAGGACGCAGCGGCCGGUGGAGUUGGACUCCACGAAGGUGCAGCGGUGA